ACGACAACACAACCUCUCCACACGAGAAAAAGGAAACCUAACGCCAUCACAGGACUUCUCUAGAAAGCGACACCAAAGUCUUCUCCCUCUCCCUCCCGCGGUUCCGCCCGCCACGCCUCCUCUAUUCCAGGAGUCUUCUAGAGGUGAAGAGGGACCACAGGUCCACAGCCGCGGCAGCACCGCCACCUACGCCGGCAGAAUCCUUGAUCGAGACAGGAGCGGACGUGGCCUAGGGUUUCUGAGCCAGGCCGGCGCCAUGGUGGGCUGCUCUAGGGGCUCCCUCCCCACCUGGAUGACCGCCGCCGCCGCGCGGGUCGACCUCUCUGGCGGCGUAACGCCUUCGCACCAGGGCUCGCCCUCUCCACCUCACUCCUCCUCGGGUCCCGCUCCGGCCGCGGGGGCGGACCAGCAGCUUGGGUUGUUCGAGCGCGCGCUCUCCGCCGCCGGCGCCGCCUUCGUCUCAGCUAUCAUCGUCAACCCUCUCGAUGUUGCCAAGACGAGGCUGCAGGCUCAGGCCGCAGGGGUGCUGUACCACCAGCCUGCCCAGAUGGCGGCGCUCGGCCCCGAUGCAUGUUUCCAGAUCCUGUCUGAAUUCAGAUGUUCUCCUUCAUGCACACGUGGUCUCUUACUAGGAAGUGAGCCAGUUUGUCCUCCUGAUUGCUUCCAGUACAAGGGAACACUUGAUGUAUUCUUGAAAGUGGUUAGACAGGAGGGUUUCAGUAGACUAUGGAGAGGAACAAAUGCAGGCUUAGCAUUAGCUGUACCCACUGUUGGGAUAUACUUGCCUUGUUAUGAUAUAUUCCGCAACGGCAUUGAGGAUUUCACAAGAAGUAAUGCUCCUGGCUUGACACCAUAUGCCCCACUAGUAGCAGGAUCAGUUGCACGUUCGUUAGCAUGCAUUGCUUGUUCUCCAAUUGAGUUGGCAAGGACGCGUAUGCAGGCAUAUAAAGAGUUUCGUCCUGGAUUAAAGCCUCCUGGAAUGUGGAAAACCUUGGUUGGUGUUCUCCCACCACUUGCAGGUUCUAGUCAGAAUGUACAAAAUUAUCGUGUUCUGUGGACUGGGGUGGGUGCACAACUGGCUCGAGAUGUUCCUUUCUCCGCUAUAUGCUGGUCAACUCUUGAGCCUAUUCGAAGACAACUGCUUGGUCUUCUUGGAGAAGACGGCAAUGCAGCCAGUGUAUUGGGUGCAAAUUUUGCUGCUGGUUUUGUAGCAGGCAGUCUUGCUGCUGGUGCUACAUGCCCGUUGGAUGUUGCAAAAACAAGGAGACAGAUAGAGAAGGAUACUGAAAAGGCAAUGAGGAUGACUACAAGGCAAACGUUAACUGAGAUAUGGAGGUCUGGAGGCUUGAAAGGGCUGUUCACCGGCGUCGGCCCACGUGUUGCACGUGCUGGUCCAUCAGUUGGUAUCGUCGUUUCCUUCUACGAGGUUGUCAAGUAUGCUAUUCAUCAAAGGCACACCUCAUGAUCCAGUUUUUAGUUGAAAAAGGGAUGGAAGCCCUUUCACUUUGUAAAAACAACACCGACCCCGGUUUCCGAAAGUAGGCCUCGUUACUCUGACCUUUUGGACGGUCAGGGCUAGGUGUAACAUCAGAGUGCUCAACAGUCGACUCAACAGCCUUUUUCGUCGACAAUGUCCAUCUCGGUGGAGGAUAACAUAUCAGUUUUGCCUGGCAGGUUUUGGAUCAUUGCCUAAUCUUAUGUUUGGGCGGAUCUGAAGCUGCUUUGUUUAACUUGUUAGGUAGUCUCUGUAAUUGAAGGUGUAGUAGCGCAUACGCUGAUCAAAUAAUAAUACCCUCGGAACUACAGAAGAAAUCUUGCACAUCCUAGUCUGAUGCUUUCUCCCAACCAUGUCUUAGUUUCAAGUUUGCAACUAGGUUAUUUUGUCGGUUAGAUGUUAUAUGCGUGUACGAUCGUUGUUCAACAAAGUUUAUAUUGCUUAAA